UCCAGCCCCUGCAGACCAGCUCAAACAUGGCGGGCCGUGGAGGCGACGUGAUGUGUUCGUGGUCCGGGUCCGGGUCCGGGUCCGGGCGUGACACCGACUCCCUGUCGUUGGCGGUGGCCGCGUCCGAGGAGCGGAAACCGAGGAAGAGGAGGAGAGCGUUCUGCCUGGCCAGGAUGAAGUCCGGCAGCAGCUCCGGCGAGCGGCAGCAGCAGCAGGAGCCGCAGCCGGAGCCGCAGGAGCCGCAGCAGCAGCAGCGGCGGCGGCGGCAGCAGCAGCGUCAGCCCGCCGCGAACAACAACAACAACACGCCGUUCAUCAUCCACUGCCACAUCGGCAAGGAGAUCAAACACAUCUGCAGCAACUGCCGGGGGGCCGAGCCGCCGGACGCUGAGGAAGUGGAGAGGCUGGCGGCCAUGCGCUCGGAUUCGCUGGUACCCGGCACACACACGCCUCCCAUCCGCCGUCGGAGCAAAUUCGCCACCCUGGGACGUCUGUUUAAACCCUGGAAGUGGAGGAAGAAGAAGAGUGAGAAGUUCAAGCAGACCUCUGCAGUGCUGGAGAGGAAAAUGUCCACUCGCCAGAGCAGAGAGGAGCUCAUCAAGAAAGGAGUGCUGAAGGAGGUUUACGAGAAAGACGGCGCGUCCCCGGCCAUACAGGAGGAGGUGAAGAUGGAGAGCGUCCGUUCUCCGGCGCUCGGCUCUGGCCUGUCGGAGCCUGAAGGCGGUGAGCUGAUGGAAGGAGCAGCCGUCGGUCCACUGGAGUUUCAGAUGCCGAGCGACGGUGCGUGUCAACAGGACCACGCCCAGAAGUCCAGCCAGGCUCCGCCCACCAAGAAGUCCACUGUGUAUCUGGCUGACGGCGCUGAGUCGACAGUCUCCAGGCUCCCGACGCUACACAAACAACCUCCUGCGCUACCACCCAAACCCUUCACCAGGCUACCGAACCACAUCACAGACGGUGCCCCGGUGAAGCUGCCAUGUAUGUCGGUGAAGCUGUCUCCUCCUCUACCUCCAAAGAAGCUCCUGAUCUCCGUGCCGGCGGGGAGCACGGAGCCCUCUUCGCUCGCCUUCCAGAAGUGCCCCGCCCCUCCCAGCCACGCUGCGAUGGGCGCGCACUCGCUGCAGUACGGGACGCUCCCCGUUCCUCUCCACCCGCCCAGCCGGAUCAUCGAGGAGCUCAACAAGACCCUGGCCCUCACCAUGCAGAGGUUUGAGAGCUCCAUGAUGCACGCGGUUCCCACGGUGAUGAUCGAGUGCGACGACGACAAAGAGAACCUCCCCAACGAGGCGGACUACGAGGACAUGCCGGGGAUGUACAAGGACGAGGAACAGGAGGACGACGAGGGGGAGGAAGAGGACGACGAGGAGGAGGAAGAGGACGACGAGGAGGAAGAUGAGGAUGACACCUUGUUUACAAGCACACUGGCCAUGAAGGUCUUACGAAAGGACUCUCUGGCCAUCAAGCUGAGUAACCGUCCAUCGAAGAGGGAGCUGGAGGAGAAGAACAUCCUGCCUCUGCAGUCGGACCAGGAGAGACUCGAGUCCCGGCAACAAACGGCCACCAAGCUGACCAGGCGGUUGAGUCAGAGGCCGACAGCAGAGGAGCUGGAGCAGAGGAACAUACUCAAACCUCGAAACGAUCUGGAGGAGCAGGAGGAGAAGAGGGAGAUCAAGAGACAUUUGUCCAAGAAGCUCAGCCAAAGGCCGACAGUAGAGGAGCUGAGGGAAGCAAAGAUCCUCAUCCGCUUCAGCGACUACGUGGAGGUCGCCGAGGCUCAGGACUACGACAGGAGAGCAGACAAGCCAUGGACUCGGCUAACAGCCGCUGAUAAGGCUGCCAUAAGAAAGGAGUUAAAUGAGUUCAAAAGCACAGAGAUGGAGGUGCACGAGUCGAGCCGUCACCUGACCAGGUUUCAUCGGCCAUAAAUUGGCUCAGUCAGACCUCAGCCAUGCUUCUGUAGUCCCACAGAAGCCUCAAGCGCUCAGACUCCUACUUGCCGCCCUCGUACUGCUACCUGCUGCCCUUUCCAGCGUAGGACUUCAAACUGAGACUAGACUCAACACAACGUGAGUUUGAGCCACCACAGGAAACGGAAGCAAAAAAAAAAAACAAAAAACCUUUCAGAUGGAUUGAACUCUUGGCUGUUGUCUCCUCUCAGUGGAGAGUUUACAGACUUCUUGAAAUCCAAAAUCUUUUAAUUGUCUUUUUCUUUUUUUCCUUUUUUUCUUUGAUGAUGAUGAAGAGGUGGCGGUAUGUUAGCUCUGCAGCACUUUUUUUUUGAACAAAGCUUCUGGAAGUAAAACACACAAUCUUGUGCCAAUUUCAAGGAUGGGAACAGUAGGAGGCGAAGAUAGGACUUUUUUUUUUUUUUUUUUUACACAGGGCUUGUUUUCUUGCCUUUCACCAUGGUCUCACUCUCCUUUCCUAACUGGACUUAAUCUUUCCUCGGGGGCUUGCUUGUGUUGGCACAGUUUUAUUCCACAGAUGACAUCUCAAUGAUCGUUUAUCUCUUUUUGCCAGAGGAAUGAAAAUAUUUACAACAGCUUAUGCUGGUGUAGGCAGCUGAAUCUUAUGCCAAAACGUCCUAAAAUCCUGAUCAACAUCCCAAAAUGGUUCUUCAAAGCCUGUAACCGUACAAAUUACGAUCUCCUAACACAUUAACGUCAUUCAACUGAGCAAUAAUUUCAGAUUUUCUCAUUUGUCCAUCUGUUGAUGGGCUGCAUUCAAGGGCUCAGACACUUUUCAGACUUCAAAUCCCCGAUUUAAACCAAAGCAACUCGACUUGCUGUUGAAGUCGUGACCCUGAAUGCAGCCCAGAGCGACGGCUGUUGAGAGUGGAAGUAACUCACAGUCUCACUGUGCCUACAGUAUUGUUUACAGGGAUUUAAAAUUUUCCAAAUUCACUCGUUUCAUUUGAUACAGAAUAUUAUCUGUAGACACAGUAAAAUGUUGCCUAACUCUCUGCUGAAUAACAAGAAAGUUGACUUUUUUUUUUGUAUUUCAUUGUUCGGUACAACAUAUGAAAACCCUGCCACCUUUUUGUUUGUUUUUUUGUUUUUUUUUUAAUUGUUUACAGUCCAUAGUAGGUCCAUGUAUUGAACGUUAUGACCAUAUUACUGGGAGAACUUGUUGCUCUGUUGUGUGUGGGCGUGUGUGUGUGCGUGCGUGUAUGCUUGUGUACAAGAGGC